AUGUUCCGCACGCAAGUGUUCCGCGCUGGUUUGCGCAUCCAAAAGGCCAAUGUGCGCCAAGCGUCGACUAAGUCGGCACAGGAGACUGCGCAGCAAGCGCUGAGCGUUGCCCAGAAGCAAGCAGAAAAGGCGCUCGAGGUCUCGAAGCAGGUUGGCGGAAGGGUUGGCGAGCGAGUGGGGGGCUGGCUCGGAUCCUAUCGCGAACCAGUAACAUACAAUUUGGCGGUCGCACGCGCAUUCUUGCGCCAGGUAUACGUUGCAGAAGGAUUGGCACCUCCGACUUCGGUUGAAGCCUUCACAUCAGCCUAUCGCACUUUGCUUGAGCGCGCAAAGAACCCUGCCUACUGGAGGGAGAUCUCUCAGUCGGGAGAAUGGGCAAAGGUCGCAUUGUAUGGGGUCGAGGCAUAUGGCAUCUUCCAUAUUGGCGAAAUUAUUGGCCGGAGACACAUUGUUGGCUACAAACUGAACUGA